AUGAUGCAUACUACUGCUGGACAAAAACGCCUCCAUGAUGCGAUCAUGGAUGAGGAGGUUCAGGAAAAGCAGCUUUUGGCCGAGGAAGAUGGAAUGGAACAGCUUGAAGCCGAGGAGGGACUUGAAGCCGCGCAACUUGAACCUGAUGGAGCUAAACAUAUGGAGCUGGAACCUGACGGAAUUAAAGAGCUUGCAGCUGAGAAGGAGCUUGUUUCCAAGGAUUCUGUAGCUGCGCCAAUGGAACUGAUUACUCAUUCUGGAGUUAAUCUUGAGCCAAGAUGGAGAAGACAUGAUCCUAAACCUCCCUGGUUUUUGAUCCAAGCUCAAGAGAUCAGCAAAUGGGCAUGUGCUAUGGCCUCAGAAGAAGAAGAAGAGGAAACAAGCCGAGAAUCACCAUCAAGCCUCAACGAAGCCAUGCUUGAACAGAUCAAGAAGAUGAUGAUUGAGGAGUUUGAUCGGAGAGAAAAGAUUAAAGAAGGAAAGCGGAAGCAACCUAAGGAUCCGGUCACAUCUAAGAAGAAGCCGAUUGAGGAUCUUAGUGGUUACAUGAUGAUUCCGCCAUUCCAUGGGAACAAUGAUCCGGAUGUAUAUCUGGAUUGGGAGAGGAAGACCAGGAACAGAGACCACGUUUCUAAGGAGCUCCCAAGCAAGGUGAUCCCUUCCUCUAUUAGUCCAAAGCCUAUGGCAGCAGAAAGUGUCAAAGAAGUGCCAAAGGAUCACGCAGAGAAAGGUUUAGGUGCCAAAGAUGUUUCAGUCCAAACCCCCUGUUACCAACUGCAAGGAAACAAGAAACAAGAAAUUGUUUCAGUCUCUAACAAUGGAAAGGUACAAGCUAAACUUUUUCAAACUGUUUAUGAUGAUUCCAUGACUGGUAUGAUGCACUUGUCUUUCUCCAAAGGUGUUGAGACAGGUACAGGAAGUAGUGAAGAACAAAUGGAGAAAGCAAAUCAAGAAAAGGAGACUCAACCAAACCUGGAUCCGCCAGAAUCUAAACCACCAGACCAACAACUACAAGACCAUGAGUUCAAUCCAGAAGGACCAGAACCGAACAACAAGAGGAAGUCAAAAUCAGAACAAGAAUACAGUCAAGCCAUGCCUACUUCUAAGCUAAGUGAAUUCUUAAACCAACACAUUCAUCCUGUCUUUUUAACUGUCUUAAUGCACUUGUCUUGGUUUAAAGAAGUUGAGAAAGGUACAGCUGAGCAAGAGAGACGCCUAGAAGCUCACAAAGCUUUAACUUGCCAUACCAAGAAGGAGUAUGAGCAACAUGUUCUUAAGCCAAUUGCCGCAGCUGAUUCACUAAUGAGCGUUUUGAAUAGUACACAGGUUAGUGAAGCUCAAUACUUGAUUUACUAUUGGGAUCAUUUCAUGAUACAUCAGAAACUUCAGAAUUUUGUUUUUGAAAUUCCCAUUUCAAGUAUAAUGCACUUGUUCUUUUCCUUGAGUGUCAACAAAGGAUCAGGUUUUAUGGAGAAGCAUAAGAACUGGAAGAAGCAGCAUCAAAGAACAACACAGUCUCAUCUCACGUUCAUCUCAUUCCCUGUUCACCUAUGGUUCUUUGUUUGA